AUGUCCCGGGUGCCGGUGGGGAAGGUGCUGCUACGGAACGUCAUCCGGCACACGGGUGCGCACAACAAGAUUCAGGAAGAGACAGAAAUGUGGAAAAUAAGGGAGUGGGAGAAGCAGACAGAAGAGACUUACUGGAAAAGGCAAAGCAGAAUGCUGUCGGACACUUCCAGCAGUCGGAUGCGCAGUGAUGGCUUUGAUGAGGAGGGCCACAGGGCUGACUGGAAGACAAAGAACUCACAAUUCCUUGACCCAGUCGAAGAUGAUCUCCUUAGGGCCCGAUCCUGGAAUAAAAAGCUGUAUGAAUGUGAAGCCAACAUGCCAGACAGAUGGGGUCACAGUGGCUAUAAAGAGUUGUACCCUGAAGAAUUUGAUACAGAUAGUGACCAGCAAGAAGGAGAUGAACAAAAUGCUAUCAAUGGGAAGAAGAGAUCUCAUCUGGGAAAGCAAACUGCCCGUGAGUCACACAAACGGAAAAAACCAAAGAAAUCACACAAGAAGAAGCAAAAAAAGCGAUCACACAAAAAGCGAAAGAAAAAGAAAAAGGAGCAGGGGAGAACAUCAUCAGAUUCUUCCCAGGAGAGCGAGUGCUCAGAAGAGGAGACUUCAAGCACUCGGAAAGGGAAACACAAGCGCAAGAAAAAGACCAGGAAAGUGCCUGCCAGGGAACCUGCCUCCUCUUCUGGGCAGGAAAGUGACUUUUCUCAUGCAAGCAGCUCAACCACCAGCAGCUCUGAGGACAGUGAAUCUGAGGAGAAAAAAGAGAAACGGCCCCCCAAAAAGAGAAAGAAACGGCACAAUUCUGUGUCAGAGAGGCACAGCGAAGUACCAGAGAAGAGGAGCAAGAGGAAGAACUGGAAAGUGGCCGCUGAUGAAAAAUCGGAGGAUAGCUCAGAUGAGGACUGAUAAGUCUAGGCUGCAGCUCAAACAAUAAGGUAGAGGACAGAGGCAGGUAUUUAUCUUUCAGCACUGCCCCAUGGUACAACUUGUUUCAACACUGUGGUUCGUAUACAUCCUGCCAAGCCAUGGGAGACACUGAGCCGUGGCAGCCUGCAGUAGGUGCCCCCCUGCUUUUCACUCACUUGACAGUCAGGAAACCAGGGGAGCCGUUGCCUGUCUCACAGGCUGGCUAGUCCUGCCGACCUGAGGUUCUUUUUCUGCGACCAGGUUGACCUCUGAUGCGCAAAAACGUUAUGGGCUAUCUGCAGGGAGAAAACAGGCAUGUUUGCACCAUUGUUAUUUUUUUUAAAUUAAGUUUUAACGGAUUGCUUUUUUGGGUUACCAAAUCAAUGACCAAGACUUGCAGCAGGAGAGGGGAGAGACACAAAGUCUGGUAACAGAGGAAAUGUCACUGGAUUUAACCCUACAGGAGCUUUGUCUUCCCAUCCUCCAGCAGAAGCAGACCUGUGUGGUGGCAUGCAGACGGUCAGCCGGACACAGAAGGGAGCAUGAGGGAAUAGUCUCAUUCCAGCUGAAGGUACAGUGACUCCUUCCAUAACGAUGAAGAAAAGACAGCGGUGCGUUUGCUCGUUUUAGACUUCUCUCCAAAUCCUGGCGUGGGCUGGCCAUUGUGUCUGCCUUUCCUCCAUUCUCUGUAGGAGGAUGCUGAAACCAUUUGUGCUGACAGAGAAGCCUUGGUGGGUGUUGUGUUCUGUCUCUGGUCUGGCCAAUGUAUUACUGGAGAAAUUGGUACUGGGCCGUUCUCCCUGCAGUUGAACAGCCAAGCCUUUUAACAAAAUAAAUAAAUCCA